AUGGAAGAUCUAUCGUCUCAAUUGCCAACAUUAGACAAAUAUAUUGGACGUAUUAAACGACAACAAACUGAAGAUAAAGACUGUUCGAAAUGGGAUGUUGAGAAAGGACUGCCACAUCUUCCUGUGCCUGAUUUGGAUGCAACUUUGACGAAAUAUCUUCGCUGUUUGGAACCGAUUCAAAGCAGCGAGGAAUUCGAUCGAACCAAACAAUUAGUAGAUCAAUUUCGUGCGCCGAAGGACAUCAUUGGCCAACGACUACAAGAUAUGCUCAUUGAGCAUGCAUCGAAAUCUGAGAAUUAUGCAGUCGACUGGUGGUUAGAAGACAUGUAUCUUGCAAAUCCUCUUCCAUUACCAAUUAAUUCUAAUCCUGCGUUUGUUCUUCCGCAACAACAUUUCGCAAACACAGAAGAUUACUUAAAAUUCAUUGCAAAAUUAAUAUCAGGAAUAUUAGAUUAUAAAGUAUUAAUCGAUGGUCGAGCAUUGCCAAUCGAUCGAGCAACUAGCCGAGAAAAAGGUCAACCGCUUUGCAUGGAACAGUAUUAUCGUCUAUUUUCAUGUUAUCGUAUGCCCGAUGUUCCGCAAGAUCGUCUUAUACAAAUUCGUAAUAGUAAAGUCGUUCAUCAUCAGGUCGAACAUGUGAUUGUUGUCUAUCGAAAUCAAUUCUUUGUAUUGAGUGUCGUGAUUAAUUUUACGCGACUCGAUGAAGAUGAUAUUUAUUCGUUACUACGACGAAUUGUUCGAAUGGCUGAUGAUGAUCCCUAUGCAUCUGAUGAUGUCGGCAUUUAUACAUCAUUGCCACGACGAAAUUGGGCACAUAUACGAACGGAAUUAAUGAAAGAUUCUUUGAAUCGAGACUCGCUUGAUCUGAUCGAACGAUGUAUAUUCAUUAUUUGUUUGGAUCAAUCCGAAUCAUCAAAUGAUUCUGAAGACGAUGGCGAGUCAGUUAAUUUCAGCAAGGCAACAAAACGAGAUUUUGUGUCACUGGGUGAACAAAUUCUACACGGCGGAAGAAAUACGAUUAACGCUGCAAAUCGUUGGUACGAUAAGACCAUGCAAUUCAUAAUCGGCACCGAUGGUCUCUUCGGAUUAAAUUAUGAGCAUUCACCAGCUGAAGCAAUAGCUGUCAUUCAGUUGAUCGAGCAUCUAUUUAAAUAUAUGGAGGAGAAAAGUCGGGAGAGAUUUCGUCGUUCAAAAUCACUAUGUGAACUUCCGGUACCACAUCGAUUGAAAUGGAAUCUAAAUAAUUUUCUGCGACAAAAUCUAUUGGUUGCUAAACAGUCUUUGCAAGAAGCAAUCAAUAAUUUCGACAUGCGUAUUCUGAAAUUUACAGACUAUGGUAAAGAAUUCCCCAAAGAGCACAAUAUGAGUCCUGAUGCGUUCGUUCAAAUGUGUCUGCAAUUUACUUACUUCAAAAUGUACAACAAACUUGUGUCAACAUACGAAAGUGCGUCAACACGACGUUUCCAUCUCGGUCGUGUGGAUAAUAUUCGAGCGAAUACACCGGAAGCACUGCUGUGGGCACGCGCCAUGGUCGAUGAAACCGGCAACAUAUCAGCUGCUGAAAAACUGCGUCUGUUUCGGCAAGCUAUGCAAGCACAAACUGAUCUCAUGGUUCAAAAUAUCCUCGGCAAUGGCAUGGACUGUCACAUGCUUGCUUUGAAACAAAUUGCACGCGACAAUAAUCUUCCAAUCCCGGAGCUAUUUCUUGAUCCCGGUUAUGCAUUAAGUAAUCAUUUUAGUCUCUCAACUAGUCAAGUAACAACUAAUAUCAAUGAUUCGUUUAUUUGCUAUGGUGCCGUCGUACCUGAUGGUUACGGUUGCUCUUACAAUGUUCGUUCAGAUUAUAUUCUUUUUUGUAUUUCAUCAUUUAAUAAUUGUUCAACAACGAAUUCUCAAGAAUUUGCCGAAUCUCUAACAGAUACACUCUAUGAAAUACGUGAUCUGUGUACACUUGUACAACGUCAACAACAAACAAUCGCCCUUCGACGACCAUCCUAUGCUGCUAAGUUGGUCGCGCAGCAAUCUAUUUCAUCUAAUUCAAUACAUAUAAAUGAACAGAAUAAUAAUAAUUAA